AUGGCGGAGGAAAACAUGGACUUGGGCACAUCAGAAGCAUCGACCAACGAUGUCGAUGUUCCCAAGAAAAUUAUGUAUGCGGUACCCGAAGAAAUGCAGAGAAAGAUUGAUGAGAAUGAAUACGAGAGAGAUUCUCUGCAUGCUCCCACCAAGGAAGCACCAGAUGUGGGGACCCCACCAGCGGCUCCACCGAUUGAAUAUGGCGACUCAAUACGUCCCGUUGCUUUGCACCUAGAGGGUGAACUCAUCACACAAUUAUCUACCUCACGACUCAUGGCUUUUGUCGCCUACUCGGGCGCACAAGCCAAAGGUGUUGAAUGGAUUAACGAUACGCGUUGUGUCUUAGUAUUCGAGUCACCUGAGCGCGCACUCGAGGGCUUGAAGCACUUGUGUUAUGAUGCUGUCGAAGAUGAUGUCAUACGGGAACCCAAUUUCGAAGAUCCAGAGUCGCCUCUUUUGCGCGCGCGACUCGUAAUGGCGUUUCCUCGGAAGCUCUACAAUACCAUUGAACAGCAAGCAGCGGCCGAGCUCCCUGACGUUUUAUCUAAGCUUGCUGAAGAACACUCAAAAUCUACUUCCUCUACGGAACCGGUGCCAGAAAUUUAUCGAGAAAUGGAACUUGAGGAAUUAGAGCGCCAAAUGCUGUCCGAAGAUCACCGUCGUGUCAGGCAACUUCGCCAAGGCCCCUGGAUUCGGUUCGCACUGCAUAAUUACGAUACAAAGUCUCCUCGCUCAGCAUCAAAAAGUAACUGGUACAAGCAGCAUGGCCGUGGAGCUGGGAAAGAAAUUGUAACGCGGCUCUUGGACGUUGGUGAACCGACUUCUCAACGACGUCACAGACGCUCGCGCCGGGAAAGACGCGAACGAGAUUCUCGCAAAGAAAACUCCGAACAGAUGGAUGAAGAAUACACGCCCUUAUCCCUACGCGAUAGAAUUGGUGGAAGGCGUGGCCGUGACUGGGACAAAGAUGAUGACUUGCAUCACGCAAGAGAACGCUCCAUGUCUCCAGUGUCGGAAGGGGGUGCAAUCCGCAUCCGUGGUCGAGGCUCUGUACGAGCGCCAAACGCAGAAUCAACUGAAUACAGUAAUCAAAACUAA